UGUUUGUAGGUGGGGUAUCAGUGCUAAGCACUGAUGGUGGCUGGGUUCCCAUCGGAUUUUUUGUGUGUUCGGUUGUGUUCAGAUAGCAACAUGCAGCGGCUUAAGAGCAUCUUGUUAUGGAGUUUGAUGGCUGCAAUGAUCGUCCUGGGUCAAGCAACGCCAAAGCUCAGUUUGCAGUCAAGCAGUGGCUUAAAAUCAGAUUGUGCAGGUAAUCUGAUGAGGCUGUCUUUGGACAAGGCUUUAGCAGUGGGCAAUCAGCUUGAGGUGGAUGCUAUCAAUGGCACCCAGCACAUUGUGUUAACACCCAGCUUGGCUGCUCAGUGUGGCUAUAGCAUGGAGUCUGACCCGUGGGGUAACACCAGAAUCUACUCAUCUCUAAUGGGCUGUUAUGUGGAUGAAAAAAAAGAUGCAACAUUUAAUGUUUCCUUGAGGCUCCGACUGCACGGCCAGAGCCCAUCAGACGUAGUCACUCACUAUGUGACACAAACAUGCCACUAUUCUCAGUGGGCCUCCAGAGAGAUUCUUUGUGAUAGGAACUACAUGGAAGUGUCCAACUAUUUGGCUACACUUGAUGCUGAAGCUAAGGGGCAGCUUCAGGAUGUUAAAGAUGGGCUCAACACCCUUCCUGGUGGCUCUGGUGCAGCACAGGGCAUCUGGAAGGUGACCUUUUACUUUCCAGAACCUGUAAUGAUGACUCUGAAGGAGGCUGAACAAGCUGGCUACGGUGCCAUGACCACCUCAAACCGUCUGGUUAUACGAAGCCCAUACAAUACAGCAGAGACUUCUACUGAGGAUGUGGCUGGAGUCCCUAUGCAAGUUUUUCGGGUGAGCGCUUACUACAAGGCGCACCACGGUUUGAGUGUCAUAAACUUGGUAGCUGCUUGUCCCACAGGUGGAGUCCUCUUUACCGAUGAUGUAAUCUCCUGGCAUGUCCCUCGCCGUGUGACACCACUGAUGGACAGCACUGUUGAAAUCCUAGAAAUGUACAUGGGCAUUAAUGGAAAGAGGCUGGAUGAAUCUCAAAUGGCUGCACAAGGGUACACACUCACUACUACAGACUUUCAUAUCGUCAUUGAGAUUCCAGUGGGCUCUCCUGAUGGUUACUACAAGAGCCAUGCCCCAGAUUAUCAGUACCACAUUACCUACACUGUGGAGCCCAUGUUUGAGGUGCUUUGGAGGGCAGAUAAAACCCAGGAUGAUGCCAGAUACAAGGUUUUGUUCCCCAUUACCACCCCUGUGAUGCAGCAAACUCUCAAAGUGCAAGACAAUACAGUCCCAGAGGACAGGAUGUUCAGUUUUUACUUGGGGACCUUUCUUCAUGAUGUGGUGCUCAGGAACAUCACUUUUGUUACGGGGGUUCUCACUGUUGAGGAGUGCAAUGCCAGCAGCUUCAACAUCCAGGAGCACAACUUCACCAAUAAAACAAAGGCCUUCUCUUUACAAGUGCCUUUUGAUGCUGAUGUUGUUCUAAAACAUAAUCCAGAACCCUCGGUUACAGUUUACUCCCUCCCUCUGGUCUUUGGGUUUAUCAUCCUUCCAGAAGAAACGCAGUUUGCCCAACCAGUUGAGUUGCAGGCAACUCUGCAAGAUGUUGUGCUACCCACAAUUACUGGCACCUGUGAUGAGAACAACUUUUACAUCAGUGUGACAUAUGGGAGUCAAGGUCCCAAUUUCCAGACCAUGGUUGGGGUUCAGCAUUUUGAUAUGUCAGAAGUCUACAGCUUGCAAGACAAUGGCACGCACUUCAAUUUCAUUGUGCCAUAUAUGGCUAAGGACAUAACAUUUGAGCUAAUCAUGUCAGACUGGCUUAAAGCCAGAAUCGAUGUGCUGCUGUGGCAUUCAAAAAACAACUGGAUGCUUAAUGAUCUUCAUCUGUCCUGCAAUUUCCCCUUGACAACAACAAAAUGCUAUCCUAAUGGAACAAUGACUGCUCUGGCUGUGAAGGUGGAAUUGGUACCCACUCUCAUUCCAAGCCAACUGACUUUAAAGGACCCAUCUUGCAAACCAGUUUUCAGUGAUGAGCGCUUUGCUUAUUUCUCAUUCACUGCUGAUUCCUGUGGGACCACCAGAGCAUUCUUUGAUAACUACAUGCUGUAUGAAAAUGUGAUCAGCCUGAAUUCCAAAAAAGGAGCAACCUAUACAUCAAUUCCUCCUUAUAGGCAAACAAUCUCCUGUUACUAUGUGAUUGAUGGGCUUGUAAUGGCUGCAUUCAACUAUAAACCAAGAGAUGCUGAACCCACAGCAGAGAUUGGAUCAGGCCAAUUAAUGGUGCAAAUGAGGCUAGCUAAAGACUCAUCAUAUGAGCUCUUCUACCAAGCAGAAGAUUAUCCAGUAAUGAAGUACCUGAGGGAGCCUCUACAUUUUGAGCUGGCACUGCAGUCCACAGACCCCCAGUUGGAGCUUGUCUUGGAGGACUGCUGGGCUACUCUCCAUGAAAAUGGGACAUCUCUGCCCAGCUGGGAUCUCAUUGUGGAUGGCUGUGAAAAUGGGGAGGAUAGUGACGUGACAGUCUUCCAUCCUGUUGUGAGCAAUGCCAGGGUUGCCAUCCCAUCCCACAUCAAACGCUUUUCUAUCAAGAUGUUCACCUUCACUAAAGAGGAACAAGUUCUUAAAGAUGAGAUCUAUGUCCACUGUGAUGCAGUGAUUUGUGACUCAAACAGCCAAGCGGAUGGUGCCUGCAGAGGCCAGUGUGUGAAUCCCACAGCCACAAGUAACUCUAGACAUCAAGAGAGGAAAGGACUGCUAAGGGAGCCAAGCCAUCACAAGCAGACAUCUUCUGGACCUAUUCUACUGAACGCACAAGAAAAUGUUUGAAUAAACAAUAUUUCCUAAC